AUGCGCCCAGGAACGCACAAGAGAUAUGAUAGAAGAGCUUACUGCACGCUGGUCAAGCUUUCCUGUAAGCAUUCUCAUGAGCUUUCCCAGAUUUGGCACCAUUGUUACUGGUUCACUGAGUUGGCAUAUUUAGUAUGUCCUGAUGGAAUGCAUCCACGCCAAACAUGUCGCCGACUGUUCGUAAAUGAUGUGGACAUGCUUGAAAAUGCAGCCAACACUGACAGUUGCCCCCUCGGUUACCGCUGUGUGACCUACGGUAGUCCAUAUGUCGGGCACUGCUGCCGAUUACGUUGUCCGUAUGGAGAGCCCGACCUGAGAUGGAAAUCGUCACUUUGCUGUCCCCGCCCAUGUCGUGAUCCGACUUCAUUGUAUAUCAACGGUCAAUGCCUAUCAAUAGCUCAUCGUGAUGACCCAUGCCAAAUCGAUCAGCAGUGUGAAGGUGGUAUUUCGAUGUCGUGCGCUCUGGGUACACUUGUCAGUGCAAGCUCGGCUACCAUCCGUACAAUGAUGAUCGGUUUCCAACAUGUGAGAAGACCUGUAAUCAGCUGGAAGAGAUUGCUUCUACCGACCGAUGCCUUCCAAAAGCUCAACUUGGCCAUCGAUGUCUAUCUAAGAAACAGUGUCCAGGCUUCGCUGACUGUAGAUUUGGAACGUGUCAAUGCUUAUGUGGAUAUAAGCAGGUUCGAGUAA